AACAUUACCUAGUAUUAGAGUAUGCAGAGCUUGGUGAUUUACGUUAUUAUUUGAAUCAUAGUAAUUUAGAUUGGGACAAAAAGGUUGACAUUGCAAGACAGGUUGUUUGCGGCCUAUUUUUUUUGCAUGAAAAUGAAAUUUUACAUCGUGAUUUACAUACAAAAAAUGUGGUUAUUAAAAAUGAUGAAAGUGAUGAAAGUGAUGAAAGUUUCAAGUAUGGUAUUAGAGUUACUAUUACAGACUUCGGGCUUUCAAAGGUUAUUCCUCGUAAUAGUACAUCAAAUCAGUUGAUAGGUGACGAAUGGCAGCAGCCAAUAGAAUUACAACAGAAUGAAUUGAAUGAAUCUGUAUACGAUGAAGACAACGAUAUUGAUAUAACAUAUGAUGAAAACCUGAUUCAAACAGAAUUGCCACAAAUUCUUAUUUCUGAAACCGAAUCUAGUGAGGUAUGUUCUUUCGCUUUAGAAAAAACGCCUAGCAAUUCUUUGAUUCCGGAUCUAAUCAUUCUUAUCAAUCUUCAAAUCUUCAAGAGUAUGCAUGAUAAUUUAGUAGAUAAACGUAAGUUGAACAGACAAGACGAACAGCUAGAUGAACAACUAAUAGAUAGUCGAAAUAGACAGAGGGAAGAUGACCGAGAUAAACAGAGGGAAGAUGAAAGCAAUAGCGAUCAAGUUAUUAAUGAGAUGCUUGAGAAGUUUAAACAACUUAUGCUCGAACAAUUUUCUUCCAAAGAACUUGAAAUGAUGAAACGACUUUCUACUAACAAACCUGAUUUGCUGGUUUUAUUACUUACUAAUAAUAAAAACACGACAGGUUGA